AUGGGUGACCAAACUGCUAAUCAGAGUCAAGUUUCCAAUGAUGGUGGAAGCCUCAAGCCAACUGGAACCGCCCUGUGGGCUGCCACUGCUCACAUAGUAACGGCUCUUAUAGGAUCUGGAGUUUUGUCAUUGGCUUGGGCCACAGCUCAGCUUGGAUGGAUUUUUGGACCGAUUGUCAUGCUCUUGUUCUCUCUUGUCACUUGCUACACUUUUACUCUUUUCGCUGAUGCAAUUUCUUCUGAGGGACCUGCCGCCACGAAAAAAUACGAGACUUACAUGGAAAUUUUCCAAGACAAGCUUGGUCCUAUUAGGUUCAAGAUAAGUGAAGUUGUUUAUUACAUAAGCCUUUUUGGAGUUGCCAUUGGCUACACUACAGAAUCAUCUGCAUGCUUGAAUGCUAUCCAAUGGUCAAAAUGGUUUCACAGUGGUGGUGACUACCAUAUGAACCGCAUCUUAUGUGUGGUUACUUUUGGAGUAAUACAAAUGUUUUUCUCUCAAAUUUAUGAAUUUGGAAAAUUAAGGUCGAUUACAGUAUUCGUAACUGCGGUCACAUCCUUUGCCUACUCAAUGAUUGGUCUUGGUCUUAGUGUCGCUAAAGUUGCAGUAACUGGGAAAUUCAUGGGAAGUCCAACUGGUAUAAGCAUUGGCACUGUUACUGAGACCCAAAAGAUAUGGAGGACUUUCCAUGCAGUUGGGGUUAUCGCAUAUGCAUAUUCUUACUUCAUCAUCUUGAUUGAAAUACAUAGCUCGAUCAAUUCUCCAACCUUAGACGGGAAGACAUUGAAGAAGGCAUCAGUAAUAAGUGUUGUAUUAACAACUUUAAUCUACAUGCUCUGUGGUUGCUUUGGAUACGCUGCUUUUGGAGACUUAUCACCUGAAAAUCUCGUCACUGGUUUAGGAUUUGAUAAACCAUUUUGGCUUCUAGAGAUUGCCAAAGUAGCCAUAGUUAUUCACCUCAUUGGAGCAUACCAAGUUUACAGCCAACCCCUCUUCAAAUUCAUUGAAAAUAAAGCUUCUCUUAAAUUCAAUGAAAAAGAAGCUUCUACUACAUCCAAUGAAAAAGAAGCUUCUACUACUAAAGGGAAUCAAAACCCAAGCCCUGGAUUGAGGAUAGACAAACAAAAAUUGGUUCGCUUGGUUUGGAGGACGAUUUUUGUGGCUAUAACCAGUUUCAUGUCAAUGCUCCUUCCAUCCUUCAACGAUGGGGUUGGUCUCAUUGGAGCCUUGGGGUUUUGGCAAUUCACAGUCUACUUUCCUGUUGAGAUAUACAUAAAGGAAAAGGAAAACGAAAACGAAAACGAAAACGAAAAGGAAAGGGAAAAGGAAAAGGAAAAGGAGAAGGAAAAGGAAAAGGAAAAGGAAAUAGGGAAAUGGCGUAAAAAGUGGAUUUGGCUCCAAAUCCUAAGUUUUACCUGCUUCAUUAUUAGCAUUACUGCUGCUAUAGGCUCUAUUGCAGGAUUUGUUCUUAACCUCAAAACUUCUAACCCUUUCAAGUUCGCUAACUAAUCGUCAUUCAUCACACUUCUGCGACGACAUGUAAUCAAUAUAGUCUUUCAUAUUUUGUUAACUAUAGCAGAUGAAAAUUCGUACACUAAUCUCUAUCUAGUGAACACAAUGUUAGGGCGUUGCAUGACGAACCAA